CCGGCGAAAGAGAAGCGAGGAGCUGUCAGUUUCGCUAGUACCGAUUUCUGGCGAAUGCGCCAUAACCCCAACCGAGCGCGGAGAGAGGAUACACCGGUAGACCGUCCUCUCGUCGCCUAAUUAUAACGGAAUUUUCCCAACUGACUGUCUGGACUUGACAGUGACAUUUCAGAUGAACUCAUUGACAACGUUUCCCUCUUUUCUGCGGUGGAAUAAUGGUGUUUGGUGGAGGUUAGUUGGCUAAAUGAUUCAUGUCAUUCACGGUCACGAUUCACAGAAGAACGUGGGUUCAUAUCCCGGGUGUCUUAGCUGUGGUCUAGUCGGUUGUCACGUUGUUUCUCUGGUUGAAGCAUUGUGCUGUGCACUUUGCCAGGGACUCGGUGUUUGAACAGGCUCUCGCUGUGGUGUUUUUUUUCCUGGGACGCUGUCAUGGGAGGAACUCUGUAGUCAUCUGCCCUCGCGAAGCUGCGUUCUCAGAGUUGAGGCGUGAGGUGUGCUUAGCUAUAGCCUGCACUUCGUUAAUCGUUGGGUGGUAGCCUAAACUAUUUGACCGCGACGUUGCCAUCUCACCAUGGGUGGGAAUUUGGGCUGCCACCGAUCUAUCCCCAAAGACCCUACCGAUGUGGGCAGCCAGCGCAGCAGCAAGCACCGCAAAUUCAGCGCCGCCUGCAACUUCAGUCACAUCCUGGUGAACCAGGAGCGGCUCAACAUCAACUCUGCCACCGAGGAGGAGCUGAUGACGCUGCCGGGGGUCAACCGGACUGUGGCGCAGAACAUUGUGGAGUACCGGGAGUGCAUCGGAGGGUACAAAAAAGUGGAAGACCUGGCAUUGGUCAGUGGCGUCGGAGCCACCAAACUGGAGACGAUUAAGCUUGAAAUCUGCGUGUCCAGCAAGAACGGCUCUUCCCAACACUCGCCUUCCUCGGUGCGCAAAGAAUACCACGAGCACUUGGCGAGCACCGGCAUGAAUAUCAACACCGCCACCCCGGCUCAACUCAUGAGCAUCCGCGGCAUCACGGAGAAGAUAGCCCGGAGCAUCGUGGAGUACCGGUCUGAGCACGGGCCGUUCAGAAGCAUUGAGGACAUGGUCAAAGUCAACCACAUAAACUCUUCGCUGUUGGAUAGAAUUCGCUUCCAUGUGUUUGUCGAGCGCUCGAGAACACCGUCGACCAACACCAACGGCGGCUACACCUGCCUGACCAAGAACCAGCCGAGCCCGACCUCUUACAGCCUCCGAAGCGACGACCUGGACUUGCCCCACGGCGGGCCGCCCCUCAUCCAGUCGGACAGACCCACGGUGGAGGUCCCUCCGACCCUGCGGGACGGGAGAGCCGUGCUCCGGGUGGCCACUUGGAACCUGCAGCGGUGCUCCAGCGACAAAGCCAACAACCCCGGGGUGAAGGAGGUCGUGUGCAUGACCCUGCUGGAGAAUGACAUCAAGAUACUGGCUGUCCAGGACUUGGCAGACCGGGAUGCCCUGGACAAGUUGUGUGCUGAGUUAAACCAGCCCAUGUUGUCGACAGUGAGGCGGUGGCGAGAGCCUCGUGGAGUCUGGAAAUGCAGCGUGUCGGACACGCCCACCGGACACACUUCACAGGGUGCGCACUACAGCGGGUUCCUGUGGGACAGCUCCUGUGGCAUAGAGCUGAAGGAGGCCAGCAUUGUAGAACAGGCGGUCACCAACGGCAACGGACAUGGCACCGGGAAGCACUUCAUGCCCUAUCUGGGCCGCUUUUAUGUGGGGUCGUCUGAGCUGACGCUGGUAAACGUGCACCUGCCCACAGCGCUGUCUUCAGGCCAGGAGGUGAAUGGACGCAACAGCCACACCACUAAUGGCCACAAAGCCACAGCCCUCUCAGGAGGACUUCAGGACAUACUGAAAGGUGAGAAGGAGAUGCUGGUUCUGGGUGAGUUUGGGGUGUCUGGGUCAUGUGAUGAGGUGCUGCGUCGUGAGAAGCUGACCCCCCUGGUGCCCCCCUCCCUCCUCACCAACAUCAGCACCAGCUCUCCCCGCGGGACACUCAGCCUCCACAACAUCUGGCUCAGCCGCGCACUCAAGAAGAUAUACACAGGUCAUGUGACUGUGGUGCGUGAGGGUCUGACCAACCCCUGGAUCCCGGACGGCUGGUCGUGGGGAGGCGUGGCCUCUGAGAGCUGCCCUGUGGUGGCCGAGUUCUACGUCGACAUCGUCCCCAAGGAGACCAACGGUCGCCAUGCCAGCGGCAUCACACACGUAGACCGCGGUGACGUCGGGCCCAAGCACGAGCGGUGACAAGCCACUAGUGUCCUCAGUUACUAUGGUGACAAGCAGCAUUAUCGUCACCAAUGAAGCCACUUCGAUAUCAGUGACAUUAUUUUAUGGAGUCGGUGCAUAAUCACUUUUUCUUCUUCUUUUUGCUGCCCAACAAUUCCAGUCUUCUCACUUCAAAUGCCCACAUACAUACAGUACAUGUACACACACACACAACUACACACUCACACACACGCACAGAAACACAAAUGCACACCAAUAAGAAGCAAUAAAUAUGCAUACUCAAUCAUAAAUAAAAAGCCAUACACCCAUCUCUUACAGAACCGCGCACACACACACACACACACACACACACACACACACACACACACACACACACACACACACACACACACACACACACACACACACACACACACGCGAGUUGGUUCCUUCCGUGGACUGUUAAUGAAGUGGACUGAUGAAGAGGAGGAGUAGAGGAGGAGGAGGAAGCACCAAGGUUGCCUUUGCAGAUUCUAGAAUUCAAGAGUUCUGCUUCCAUGUGCAAUACAGCUGGAGACCCCGAGAGAGAGAGAGAGAGAGAGAGAGAGAGAGAGAGAGAGAGAGAGAGAGAGAGAGAGAGAGAGAGAGAGAAUGUUUUAAAAAUAUAUAGGCCUACAGUAUAUACAUUUAAAGAGAUAUUAAAUACUAUCAACACUUUACCAAAAUUAUGUGCAUCUAUCUAUGUAUAUGGAAAUGCCAGAGACAGUUACUGACGUGUGCCAAACUUCCUUUAUGAAACGAAAAGGAUGAAAUAAUAAUGAAUUUAUGGUUUUGUUUUAAUUUUCCUUUUGUUGUUGUACUGAAACUUCCUAAUUCAGGUCUUAAAGGGCUUCUUUGGUUCUGUAAUAUUGCAAUGCACAAGGAUGCUCUUGGCUCCGAAUCGUUCUGUAAGAUCUGUGUGUGUGUGUGUGUGUGUGUGUGUGUGUGUGUGUGUGUGUGUGUGUGUGUGUGUGUGUGUGUGUGUGUGUGUGUGUGUGUGUGUGUGUGUGUGUGUGUGUGUGUGUGUGUGUGAGAGAGAGAGAGAGAAAGCCGAAAGCUUUUGUGUGUGUGUGUGUAAGUAAGAGAGAGUAAAAGCCAGAGCAGAUACACAAGGAGCUUUUGGUUGUGAAUAAAUAAUACAUGACUUUUCAUCAAGAA